AUGGACUGUAAGCUAGGUUCAGUGAACGUGGACUGUAAGAUAGGUUCAGGACAUGACGUGGACUGGAACAGCAGCUCUACAGCCAUGGAUGUAGACGUGGUGAACAUGUUUGUCCUGGCGGGAGGAACUCUAGUCAUCCCUAUCCUGGCCUUCUUUGCCUCAUUCUACAUGUGGCCUGCUGCUAUCAUCCAUGUCUACAACUGGUACUGGCGUCGGCGGCUGGGCCUGCAGGUUGUCUACUCUGAGAACAGAGGCUACCGGUUCUGUUACUCCCACAGAGGGAAGCCUGGUCCGGGCCGACCCACUAUUCUCAUGCUCCACGGGUUUUCUGCUAACAAGGACAUGUGGCUGCCUGUGGCUAAG